AUGAAUGGAUUUACAUUGAUUUGUUCCCUUAGAAUAGGUGUUACUACGAAGAAUGACGUUGCAUUCUCUGAAUCCGAACCGGUUUAUGGAGGAAUAACAGAUACUUCAUUAUCUGACUCGCGAAAAAGAUAUGGGAUAUUGAACAGCGCCGCACGAAUUAGAAGUCUGCGUCACUUUCCCACAUCUUGGUCAGAUAUGAAAGUUGAUUGGAAAUGCCCUGACUGGAAGAAUUAUACGCUUGACUCGCCCCAAAUGAAAGAGCAUGUCGAAAAACUAGCUAAGCUAGGUUUGAAAGAUCCGUGGGCUCGUAAUUAUGCUUGGCACUAUUUACCGAACUUUUACAAAAGUCGUUCUCGGUUGAUAUCAGAAAUAAUUUUCAAAAAAUUUCCUCAUGGUGUAGCCCUAGGAAUUGCAGCCUCGUUAAUAAUCAAUGGGUUUGACAAAUGGCGUAAAGGCGAAUUCACUGUAGGAGGACAUUAA